AUGAGAAUUGUUUCAGUUUUCAAAUGUCGAAGCAUUGCAACCAUUACAACCAUUAGCUUAUGCAAUGGAAAUUUGGGUGUGCCUUGUGAACAAAAUGAGAGACAAGCACUUCUAAUGUUCAAGCAAGAUCUUAAGGAUCCUUCAAAUAAGCUUUUAUCUUGGGUUGGUGAGGGAGAUUGUUGCAAUUGGACUGGAGUUGUCUGCGACAAUUUAACCGGUCAUGUCCGUGAGCUUCAUCUGAGCUACUUGGAUCUAAGCAACAAUGAUUUUGGAGGAAUACAGAUUCCUAGCUUCUUAGGUUCUCUUAAAAGUUUAAGAUAUCUUAACCUCUCAGACUCAAAGUUCGCUGGAAUAAUUCCGCAUCAAUUGGGAAAUCUCUCGAGUCUACGCUCUCUAGGACUCCCGAGUAAAAGCUACUACUGGAUGAAGGUUAAGAAUCUCCAAUGGCUUUCUGAUCUUUCGAGCUUGCAGAACCUGGACGUGAGUCAUGUAGAUCUUAGCAAAGCAUCUGAUUGGUUUCAGGUGACAAACACACUCCCCUCUAUGCUGGUAGAGUUGCAUAUGUCCGGUUGUGAACUUAAUCAAAUACCAGUUGGUGUUGCAAAUAUGACAUGGCUUGAAGUUCUUAAUCUCAGGUGGAACAUCAUCUGGGGUACCAUACCUCAAUGCGCAUGGUUGUACACUUGUAGCAAUCUUGAGUCCCUAUCCCUUUAUUUGAAUCUCUUGCGAGGUGAAAUUUCAAGUUCCAUUGGAAACUUGACAGCCAUUGUCAAUCUUGACUUGUCUGCUAAUCAACUUGAAGGGAAAAUCCCAAACUCAUUGGGAAAUCUUUGUAAGUUGACGGUUCUUGAUCUGUCAAGGAACUAUUUCAAUGGAAGCGUAUCAGAAAUAUUGGGAAGCUUGUCAAGGUGUAGUUCAGGUCAAAUGGAGUCACUGAAGCUGUCAACAAAUGAUUUUUCAGGUCCACUAUUUGAUCAGCUAGGAAAUUUCUGUUAA